GCCAAUCAGAAUCGGGCAUGGGUUGGUUUUUCAAAGCAGAGGGAUUUUCAAAAAAAAAAUCUAUUACGAUAGUCUGCGUCUUCGCCAAAAGAACGUUUUAUUUUUAACACAUACUUUUUCGUAUUUUAUUUUAUUUUCUUAACUCCGUACUUCGAUCCAUUAUUGACGUCAUUGCUCGGCUGAUCAAAGCGCGUCGGUUUUGUCCGUUAAACGAGUGGCAGAAACUUCUCUCAAAGUAACGUUAACGGACAUCAGGCUGUCGUACAAACAAAACAUUAUUACCAGACGGUGGAAAUCUUAACCAUGAAGCCGCUGAAGAGGAACCGUGCUGUUGAACAAGAUGGCUCCAACAAUGAAAUCUGUGAGCUCUGCAAGCGUUGUGAUGAUUCCCCAGAUAAAUACGGACAGAAGAUAACGCUGGAGGAACAUAAACUCACUGUGCACUAUUUUUGUUUGCUGAUGUCCAGUGGAAUAUUCCAGCGAGGAGAGGAACACGAAGGCAUUCAUGGGUUUCUGGUUGAUGACAUCAAAAAAGAGGUCUACAGAUCUGCAAAGCUGCGGUGUAUGGGCUGUAAAAAGCUUGGCGCUUCCAUUGGCUGCUCCAUCAAAAGAUGUAGACAGAUGGUCCACCUGCCUUGUGGAAUAGAACAAGAGUUUAUUUUCCAGUUUACUGACUUGUUUCCAUCUUUUUGUAGAAAGCAUCGUCCCACUCAGAUCUGCUCUUCCAGCCCCACUCUGCCUCUGUCCUGCUCCAUCUGCUUAGAACCCAUAAAGCCUGUUCUCUCCUACUCUGUGCUCAAGUGCCCUGCUUGUCACGGAAGCUGGUUUCAUAGGGACUGUGUUCAGAGCCAGGCACACAGCGCUGCCUUGUAUUUCUUCAGAUGUACGCUAUGCAACAACUCCAACCAGUUCCAGCAGGAAAUGCUCAGGAUGGGAAUACACAUACCAGAAAGAGAUGCGUCGUGGGAGUUGGAAGAGAAUGCUUACGGGGACCUGUUACAGGUCUAUGAGCACUGCGAUGCUGUUAAAUGUUUCUGUGAAAAAGGUCGCAGUUACAACGCACAGUCAGGGUUUUUUGUGAUUGUACGUUGUACAUUUUGCGGCUCCAGUGGAACGCAUCGAAAAUGUUCUUCUCUCAAGCUUUACGAUACCAACUGGAGUUGUGAUGAUUGCAAGGCUGCUGUAGAAGGAACAGUGUCUACAUUGCCAAACCAUGUUAAGUCACCGCUAGCAGAGAGGCAAGAGAAGAAAAGGCUGAUUAAAAGAUGUCUCUCCAGCAUUCGCUCAUCGUUCAUCUCUAAAAGGUUCUGCAUGGACGCAAGUCCCUCUGAGAUCUUAAGGAAUCUGGCAUCUCAAAUAUCAACGCAGCAGAUCACAGAAGUGCAGGUGAAAAACGAUGGGGUGCUUGAAGCAGCCCUUCAGGCUGUUCGGCAGGGUGACUUCGACCCCUGCCACACACUGUCCGUGAGCUUUAACAGAGAAAAGCAGAGCCAAACGGUGGGCACACAGCGCCGCUUCCUCAGACUCCUCCUGCAGCAAUUAAGGGACUCCGGGAUCUUUGAAGGAACUCACAACAGCAAAAUCCUGGCUCUCAACUCACAAGCUCUGAGAAAUGAUCUGUAUUUCGAGAUUGGAAGUCUGCUGGCUUUUUCUCUCGUUCAUGGCGGUCCUCCAGUGGCCUUCUUCUCUCGUGCACUCUACUAUAGCUUGUUUCAUUACCCCACUGACUACAACUUCACUGCUGAAGACCUGGGAGAUGUCAUGCUAAAAGACACAGUUACAAAGAUAGAGAACUCAAGCUCUUUAAAGGAACUGAGAAGAGUGGUGCAGUCCAUGAUGGAAUAUUUGCAAGUAGCAGGCUGCUGGAGAAAGAUCACUAAACUGUCUGACAAACAUCUGCUGAUGGAAGACAUUCUAAACUUUUACUUCAUUAUAAGAAUGCAGUUACCUCUUCAAAGAUUCCGUGAAGGCCUUAAAACAUUGGGUGUGUUUGAUCGAGUUCAGGCAUGUCCAGAGGCCUUCUGUCCAGUUUUUUGUGGCCCAGUAGAACCGAUGACUGCAGACACUGUGCUUUCCCUUUUCACUGCUCGUUUCUCUGAGGAAGAAGAAAAGAAAGCAAAAGAAAAUGUGACACUAGGUUUCUGGAAGCAAUACCUACAUCAGUGUGAAGAUGGACAAUGUGCUGCAUCACUAGAGGACGUUCUUAUAUUUGCCACUGGUACUGAUGAGGUUCCUGCCAUGAGCUUCGACCAACCUCCUUCAUUAUCAUUUUUUGUGCCUCUGGAACCUUCCUUUGCCUUUCCUCAAAGUCGAACUGAAACAAACCACCUCAUUCUGCCUGUGCUCUCCUCUUAUGAGGUCUUCAAGAAGUACAUGGAAUAUGCUGUGUGUCAGAUCUCUGUAAUGCAGGGCAUGUGAACUCUUCUCUGAACAUUUAAUGACUCAAAAUUUAAUUUUUUUUUAAAUUGUAUUUGUGCUUAUAACAAAUAUGUGUCAAAAACGGUUAACAAGGACAUAUGGCCUAGACGAAAGGUUCUGGACACCUGAAUAUUACACAUGCUUUUUUAAAAUCCUAUUUCAGACAUAAUUCCUAUUACAGUCAAAUGCUGUAAAUAUAGUCACAUCUUUACUUAUAAUAUCUUACUUUUCUGGGAAAGCUUUCCACUAGUUUGCUUGUGUAUGGAUAUGAAGGGCAGGUGUCAUAAAACGUACAGUUUUUGUUAGUUUUAUAAAUAGUAUAGGCCUUUUAGCUCCUUUUGCUGUUUUUAAUCUGCUUACCUUGUAAAAUAAUGUUCAUAUCCCAAGUGUCAUUCAUUAUAUAUACCUGCAGGAUCAUUGCUUAUUCUUUCGUGCUGAUGAUUACAGUUGAGCUUACAGUCAUAAUUUCAGAUAUUCUGAAGCUGAUUUCAUCAUCCAUACUUUUCAUUCUUCUGAAUGGAAGCCAUUUCUCCCCAAGCAAUAUCCAAGUUCAGGUUGGGACAGUGUUUAAUAAUUAGUAGGACAUUUAGGGGGUAUAGUACAGGCAUUAAAGCUUUUGAGACCUACACAGUUAAAGUAGAAUUACGAAGCUUUACUGGAUUUAAAAAGUAAUCUGGUUGAAUAUUUUUCCGUAAUGGAAAAGUAUUUACUGUUUUAUACAGUGUAAACACUAGAUUGAAUUCUUGUAGCGAACCCAACGUGAAUAUUUGACAUGAUCAUUUCCAUCGGAUGAUAAGUAUUGUGUAAACAGUAGCAGAAAUUGGGAUGGUGCACUUCUGCCUGGUGUGAAAGAAAGAGUGGUCAGUUAUUUACGAGUCAAUUGUGGGAAUAAAAUGGUAUGCUCUCAGCUCAAUUCAGUGUAGUCUAAAGACUAAUUAUAAUUCUAUUUCACCUAUGGCAAAGCAAGGCAAAUAAAAGCCUCAUGUAAUUUCCGUUACUCCUUUAACCUGGUCGUGCUGUUUCUUAGGUUCUAUCACUGAACACUGGCUGUGAAGGUGGUGAAUCAGUCAAUUGCAGGGCAUGAUCCACAAUUAAUUUAAUUCAUACACAACUAUGAAUGUUCUUGGGAGGUAGGAGGAAAACUAAUAACCCACACAAGGCACAUGAUGGCAAGGGUAGCUCAGGACUGCUAAAAAAAGAAAAAGUUUUGUUUUUUUGGAAGCAUAAUGAUUUACAAGUAGUGUAA